GGAGGAGGAGGAAGGGGAGGAAGGGGAGGAGGUGAUUCGCAGCGUAGCUGUGGCGGCGGGUCGGGGCUCGGCUCAGGUGGCCACGAACCUGAUCCUUCUCUACAGUGGGAGGGGUUUUAACCCCCCUGAUCGCCAUCUUGUUGUCCCAUGGUCCAGGAGGGGUGAGGAGAGCGGUUAUCAGUGAAGACUGAGGCAAAAAAGUUGUUGACUACCUCAGCCUUCUCCUCGUCUGUUGAUACAACAUCACCAUUUUCAGCCAUCAGUGGGGAAUGACAACCUUUUGCAUGAUGAAACUUUUAUGUCAAGCAACCAGAAAUGAGAAGAGUUCCACAAGAAGAUUCUUUGGUACUCUUCUGACACAAACACCACAGAAGAGGGUCUACUGUCCAUUCUGGAUGGUGGUACCUGAUCCUGGAAAGUCAACUGUGUUUGCGCUUGCACAACCAUUUUGCACAGCUGAAAAAUCUCAUACAGAACCAAAAAGCAAAGCAGUAUUUGGAAGUGUUGGGCGAAGAAUUCCCUAUCGGAUUUUGCACGUAAUUAACCAGGAUGGAGAGAGCUUAGGAAAUAUGCAUCGAGCAGAGGCACUCAGACUCAUGGAUCAACAUGACCUGAAACUUGUUCUCCUUCGUGAGAAUGUAGAUCCUCCUGUAUAUAGACUAAUGACGGGGCAGCAGAUUCACGAAGAACAGCUUAAACGUGCAGAGAAGCAAAAAGCAAAACCAAAACCAGGAAUAGUUCAGAAGGAGUUAUCCUUUUCUUCAGCUAUUGCCAAGAAUGACUUAGAGACCAAGACUAAACAGAUAGCACAGUGGAUUGAAAAGAAAUACCAUGUUAAAGUUACCAUCCGACAAGCAAAAGAUAGCAAUACAGACAUGUUCAUGCUUUAUGAUGAGAUUUUGGAGACUGUGUCUGAGAAAGCCACUUAUCUUUCCAAACCGAAAGUUACUAGAGAAGGAGUGAGUACCUGUAUUUUGAGACACAUGUCUGACAGAGAGUUGAAAGCAUACCAGAAGGCAGAAAACCAGAAAAAAAAUACAGUAAAGAAAGAUGAAAAUGAAGAUUUGAAGUCAAGUGAGUUGCAUCAGUGA